UUGUUCUUUUCUAGGAAAAAAUGUGUGCUUAUUUCCCAUAAACAUUACAGAUAGCAACUUUAGCAAGCCUGUAUAGUAUGCAAUAGUAACUAUUUUGACUUUUUCUAUAUGAGUUUAGGCAAAGCACGUAUGCACGUGAUUCCUGUUUGUUGGUCUUAGCUGCACAUGGUCUCUUUUGGCAUCAGUUAGUCUGUAGUUAUUUUAAGUUAAUUCAUCCCCCAUUUUGGAUUUGCUGUUCUCUCUCACUUUGAAGAGCACAUGCUAUAGAACAUCUCACUUGAAUGUUUUAUGAAACCUUUAUUAUUUUUAAGUCAACUUGCUUCACUAGUUUUGUCAAAGAAAACCAAAGGUGCAUUACACUGUACAUUGCCAUUGCUAAUAUGGUAUUGUUAUCUUGAAAUUGGUUGCCCAGAACAUGUUUGUUGGAAAACACUCAUUCAAAAACUUAUGUCCUACUCUUCUAGUAUUUACACACCACUUAGGACAGCUUAGAGCAGUUAACACUGACAAUAAACACAAGGGAAUGUAAUAAAAUAUAAAAUGUAGAAUAGGUUAAUUAUGCGAAUGGAUUUGUUAAUAACAUUUAUAAGCAGAUGCCCUCUUGAGCAUGAAUGUCAUGCCCAGACAAUGAAAGACAGUCAAAGGGUGCAUCUACACUGUAGGAAUAAUGCAGUUUGACACCACUUUAACUGCCAAGGCUCCAUCCUACAUAAUCCUGGGAUUUGUAGCUUGGUGAGUCACCAGCACUCUUUGGCAGGAAAGGCUAAAGACCUUGUAAAACUACAAAUUCCAGGACUCCAUAGGAUGGAGCUACAGCACUUAAAGUGAUGUCAAACUGCAUCAUUUCUACAGUAUAAAUGCAUCCAAAGCCUGCUAUAUUCUUUUGAUAGGCCCUGUGUGAGAGGUGGUGGUGUGGCCCUGGUUGCUGCUCACCUUCUGCUUGUAUAUACUAAUUACUCUGCUUGUGAGAUGAACUACGGUAGUAUCUCUAACAUCCCCAAUAGUAAAUGUGUUUAACUACAAGGAGCAGAAGCCAGCCCCAUUUUAUUUCUGUUGCCAUUAUGGUCCUUCCAUAAGUAGAGCCUUUCCACUCAUACAAAGCAGAUCCUGGAUCCAGUCCAUAGGAUAGUGUACUAUUCAACACAAUAUGUUUCCUUUAUGGAGUAAUUACAAGUUUUGCUUAGGGCUAGACAUAUAGCAGAGAAUUGUGUAAAGGAAAGGAUAAUGUAUAUACUUGACUAUAAGUCAAUCUCAAGUAUAACCUGAGGAUAAGUUUGGAAGCCAAAACUGUGGAUUUUAAUAUGACCUGCAUUGAGGGUAAAACUCAAUGGGACAUAUAACUAAAGAUGUAAAGGAAGAAGCAAUAAUAACAAAGAACUUACAAAAUUAUGACAACCAUAACUGUGUGAGUUACAUCAAAGACCUGCUGCCACCACUAUUUUUCCACCCAGGUGUUCAAAAAGGGCAGAAGCAAUGGAGAGAGUAGAUGGAAGGGUGAUACUUCUUUUAGAUGUUCCUGGGACAGACUAAGCUCUUACCUUUUGCUCCUCUACUCAGAGGAUGGUUCCUUUUUUAAAUAAGCAUUAAACUAGAUUGACAAAAGGUUUUUUUUGGGUCAGGCAUUUAACUAAAAUUUCUAGAUGUAUACAUGAGCAUAUAUUGUGAUUGGCAUGCUUAACCAUAGCUCAUGCAUGUCACUUGUGGCCAGAUGGAUUGACUCUUUUCUGUCACACCAUACAUUCCAGGAUUGGGUAAAACCUAUAAAAUUAUUUCAAGACUGAAUUCACAAACUCCAGGAUUAAGAUCUCUUGAGGAUCAGAUUAGUAUGCAAUUAAUAUAUAUAAAACAGGGGUAGUUUCAGGAGGUGGCAACUAGCUAUCUCAGUUUUUCCUAUUAAGAUUAUUUGCUGCUUAUGGGAGAUACUCAUAGAACCCCAUAUUCUUCCAUUUUAGACUUUUUUAAAAAAAAUUGCUUCACAUUUUUUUGAAAACAUCUUGAAUACGAAAACAUCAGCUUGGCCUUCAUCUAACAUUCUAGCCGUCUACAUGGAUAUUUGUUAAUUUAUUUAUUUUGAGUAUUUGUCAUGUAUCUUCUGUUGCUAUUUUCUAAACUUGAAAGGAGAUGACCAAGGUGCUGAAACUCAUUCCCAAAAUAGGUCCAACACCUUGCUUAGUUCUUGUAAAGUUCAGACUACACCAUGGAGCAGAUCAGUUGUCUUACUAACAAGCAAGCCAUCAAUCGUGACCAAAAUUUUCAAUAUCUGCAAUCUUCUAAACACCUGCAUACUGUUUAAGCUGGGUCCUGUUAUAAACUUGGGGAUUCAUUCCACUUGUGACUGAAGCUGAUAUCUAUUGCUAAACAUUUCAUGCUUCGGCUCAUUUUAAGAAAUCUUCUUGUUGCUGCCUUGCAAAGACUGUAACUUUGCAAAGGAUAACUUCAAACAAUUUAGCAAUUUAAUGGUACCCUACACUACUUUCAUAGUUAUGAUGGCAGGAGUAUCUACACUAAUAGUGGAGGAAGCAUAUUUAAUACUGUAGUUCAAGUGCUGGUUUGUGCUAUGUUUUCUUCUCCAUUCUAUUUAAGUGACAGCAAAGUGGGUGGGAAGAGAGUGCAUUUUAAGCCACACACCAGUAGUUUAUAGUAUUCAGGUGUGUUUGAAGUUUUUAAAUUGCUGGAAAGUAACUGCUCUGGUUCCUUUGGAGGAAUGGAAAGGCAAUGAGUUAUUUCUUAUAAAAGUGAGUCUAUAAUGGCAUCUCAAUUUGCAGGGGUGCAGUGUCCCAGAACAAUAACUGUAAUUAAUUACUUUUUGUUUUGAAUCUGUUGUUUGAAACAAGUCUUCUCAAGCCACCUGCAGGAAACCAGCAAUUAUCCCCCCCCCCCAAAAAAAAACAUGCCAGGAACAAAUACCACAUUUGUGCCCAUUGGCUACUGUUGUUUCUUUUCUUCAUGGAAUCUCACCAGGGUCCAGCAACCAACAGCUCAGGAAUGAGCACUGGUCUAAAACAUUAUUGUUAUCAGAAGGAUCGUAAUAAGUUGUUUUGUCCAAAAUUCCUCCUAAAGGUACCGAAUGCAAGUCACAGAGAAUUUCAGAGACAGUGCUUGUGAUCCUGUUCAACACUGAUCUCAUGAGUAUUCCUUCCUUCCUUCCUUCCUUCCUUCCUUCCUUCCUUCCUUCUUUCCUUUGCUCUAUAUAACAUUUCAUUCUGAGGCCAAGAUCCUGUUGGAUACAGGUUGAGCAUAAAGUUCUACCAUCAUGUUCCCACUGCAAAUCUGGGAGGGUGAAAGUUGCUCCCUUUCCUCUGAUGGCACAGCAGGCUCAAGGCACUCAGACCCAAUCCUCCAGCCAACCAGCAGCUGCUUGCAUUGAAGGUGAACUACGUUUCUUCAGGUGAUGUUUCAUUGAUGGCUUGAUAUCUGGACUGGAAACAAUUCUAUAGGAUGGAGACUACAGAUGGAGAUGAUUGUACAUCAAAGGCGGAGGAUAAAGAUCCACCCCCUAGCCCUUACUCUGUUGAAACACCUUAUGGCUUCCAUUUAGAUCUUGACUUUCUCAAAUAUGUAGAUGACAUUGAAAAAGGACAUACCAUCAAAAGGAUUCCAAUUCACAGGAAGACAAAGUACCCCAAAUUCAGCACACUGCCUCGGAACUUCAGCCUUCCUGAAAAUGGAUCCAGGGCCUACUCAUCAUCUCAAAAUAAGAGCUUCCUCAAACAGAGAAAAUCUUCUUUGGGUGCAGGUGAAAGCACCUUCCCAGUCACACCUACUGACUCAUCGCCUUAUUCAGGCAUCCCAAAUGAGCCAAGCUACAGAAGAAAAGCACUCUUAAUAGAGACUAUCAGACAAGAUCCUGUGAAGCUUGAAGAGGAGACUGGCAACUGUAGAGGGCGGCCUCAGCUUUUGAGGGCAUCCAGUAUGCCUGCCACACUUCCACCCAGCCAAAAUUCAGAAGAAGAAACCCUGUUAACAUUUCUUCCAUCUUGUGAUGCAAAAAGCUCAGAAAUCAAUAUUAGUCCUGCAAAGGAAUCAUUGGAAUUUGAGAGCUUCAAAGAAACUUCAUUAACAGCUUCUGAAGGACCAUGGACUAUGAAACAGAAAAUUAGUAAGAUGGUCCUGGAUAAUGAAAGAGAGAAAGCUCAACUUAUGCUAGAUCAGAAACAAGCAGCAAAGGCAAGAAUGCACCCUAGUGCUUCAUGGGAAGGCCAGCUAUUUGUAUCUCAGGAAUUACUUGUGGUUACUGAAAGUGGAGAAGAGGAAUGUGAUGCAGCAGAGAUGAAUACCUGUCUGCCACCAGUCCAGAGUGGAUCAACCUCUUCCAUGGCCUUAGAGUACAGCCUUGAAAACCAGAUCCACGAAGAAAUAGAACUCAGCAUAUGUGAAACUGUUCCAGAAGUAUUAGAGGAGGAUGAAGUUACCCAUGCUGACACGAGACAAAUUGAAGAAAAUUUAAAUCUUGAGCCUUUACCUUCUGAAGAACCUAGCAAGAUAAUAGCCUUAAGGCAGCAUAUUGCCAUUUUGGAGGAACAGCUGAAUAACAAAACUGAAGAACUUGAGCAGAUCCGAGUAGUUUUGAAGCAGCAAGAUAAAGAGAUCAAAGCAAAAGAGAAGAGCAUUGAAAUGUUGGCAAGCUCCAAAGCAGAGUUGGAAGAGAAGCUCUGUGGGGAGAGUACCAAAGAAAUACAGUCAUCUACCCAGGCCAAAGAUGUCCUUCAAUACCACGAUGCUGCUGUUAAUACUGAGCUUGUACAGGAAAAGCUAGCUAAGGAGGCCUAUGACAAAGGGAUCAAUGUGAGCAUCACUGUGCCUAUGGAAUCUGUAGGGUGUGAUGUCUGUGAGGUUGACAAUAAGAAUUCGCAAGUCAAGGAAAUAGAUAGAAACCUGUUCCAUGUAUCCCAUAAGAUGUCAAGCAUUCCUGUCUGUGUUCAGGAGAAAGACAGUCCAUCUUUUCAGAAACAGAUAGAAACAGAACAGUGUAAUGAUUAUUCCACUCUUGAACUAAGCUACAGGGAGCUGAAAAUUGAUGAACAUGCUGAUAAUUACAACAGUCAGAAAGAAACAUACAUUGAUGCCAGUAGUCAAGAAAAUUCCUCAAGUGUUGGGACCAUUAACUCAAAGGCAGAAAGAAAUCAAUGUAUUUUUCAAGAUUUUAAGCAAGAGGAAAGCCACCAAGAACCAAAGGAUUCACCUGCAGACCCCUCUGUGGGCCAGUAUGUAAAAAAAAUCCAGGACCUUUUACAAGAGCAGUGGAUGUGUCUAGAAAAUGGGUAUCCAGAACUAGCCAGUGCAAUUAAACACCCUGCCUCAAAGCUCAGCUCCAUCCAGAAUCAACUUGUGAAUUCCUUGAAUUUACUGCUUUCGGCCUACUCAACACCAACGCCAAGAGACAAGGAGAAUUCCAACACACAGUAUCAACAGUUGGAAAUCUCCCCAAGCACAAGUCUUAAAUCUAUUAUGAAAAAGAAAGACACUGGUUACCAUGCGGGAGGUAACGGCACCAAAAAGACCCUCCAGUUUGUUGGGGUAAAUGGUGGUUAUGAAACAACAUCCAGUGAAGAUUCAAGUUGUGAAGAGACCUCCUCUGAAGGGAAUUCAGAUAGUGAGACAGAGAGAAAGUAUGGCAAUGAAGAGCAUAGACAGCAGGAUGAUGGCAAUGAAGAUGACAAAAGAACACCUGGAACUUCUCAGUUUGCAAGGCAAGAUGAUACUGGUGCAGAAGAACUGGAGGGACCCCUCAGAGGAAGCGUGCAAACACACAAGGCAGAAAGAUUUAAACCCUCUGCAGAUUUUCUGAAAGGUUGCCAGAUCUUAAGCAAACACCUGCCAGAAAUAAGAAACACAAAGGACAAAUUACUGAGGCAUGUUUUAAGUACCAUCUGCCAGGAGUGGUUCCGUAUCUCAAGCAGGAAAUCAUCCAGCCCUGAAAUAGUUGCAGCUUAUCUCCAAGACGUCGAGACAAUCCACCCCCAGUUACAGAAUAUAAUUGUAAAUUUAGCGGAUGGCAAUGGCAAUACAGCUCUUCACUACAGUGUUUCUCAUUCCAACUUUCAGAUUGUGAAACUUCUUUUAGAUACAGGUGUUUGUGAUGUGGACCAUCAGAAUAAAGCUGGCUAUACAGCAGUAAUGAUCACACCUCUAGCAUCAGCAGAGACUGAUGAAGAAAUGGAAGUUGUCACAAAGCUGUUGAGAGAAGGCAAUGUUAACAUAAGGGCAAGUCAGGGAGGACAGACUGCCUUAAUUCUGGGAGUGAGUCAUGAUAGAGAAGAUAUGGUGAAAGCCUUGCUGUCGUGUGGUGCUGAUAUAAACCUCCAGGAUGAUGCUGGUUUGUCACCAUUGAUGGUUGCUUCUCAGUAUGGCAACAUGGAGAUAGUGAAGCUUCUCUUGGAUGAUCCAGCCUGUGAUACUACAUUAACUGACAUGGCUGGAAAUUCUGCUUUGUCCAUGGCUUUGAAAUCUGCCCACAUUGAAAUUGCAGAGAUCCUCCAGGCCCACAAACAGCACAGUCGGCCUCUGAAUACAUAAAAAGAAAUGGGAAAGCAUAUCUGCAGGAAUGAGAAAUUGAUAUCAAAAGACUCAUUCUUUCAGCCAACUCUGCAACCAAUUUGUAUGCCAGUGAUUGUAGCUGAUAACUGCUGAUGUAUCUACGUAGGGAAAGGAGGAAUCAUGUCAGCUAUUUGAAUACAUUCCAGAUAGAUGAGUAACUCCCUUAGGUCUGCUUUUAUGGUCUUAAUCUAUACUUAUUAGCACAAAUGAUGCUUAGAUUAUUGCAUUGCCUUUACUAAUAUUCAUUGUACUUUCAGAAAUCGCCUCGUGUCUUCUUAAACUGUAGCAGCUUUGAGCUUAUUUUUGAUUUCUCAAAGCAUAACUCUUGGAUAAGCACAGAGAAGCUCCUUAAUAGGUUCUGAGCAAAGUUGUUUUCCAGACACUCAAUAGCUAUAUAAGAGUAAAGAGCUUUCAAAUAUGAUAGUAAAACAACCAAGCUAUGCCAGGUUCAGUGAAGAUAUACGUAGUGUGAGAUGAUUUUGAGAUACGUAAAGUAUAAGGUUACCUGAUGCCAAGAUAAAACUAUAGAUGCCUUUAUGAUGGGUAAACUCUCUUUUAAUUCCCUUAUUUCUUACUGGCUCUGGUACUGUACAAUUCUGAUCAGUCCUGAGAACCCACAGAUAUUUUUUGUGAAAGGGAAUCUAGAAAGUACCCAUCCUUCUUCCUACCACACAAGAGCAGAAGGGACAAGGGAAAGAGACAAGGGAAAACCACUAGUGCAAUAGCAUUGAUUGGUGCUGCCAGGCUAAAGUAACAAAGCAUGAUACCAGUAUUGUUCUAAGGGCCUUAAGUGGUACCAGUUGCACUAAGACUCAUACCUAGGAGCCUAACCAGACAUUACUAGAGACUUGUCUGGAUCACAGAAGGGACUUGGAUCUGAUAAAUGUUUCCCCUAUAUCCUUCAGCACCACCUCACUGUUCCAGAUGUUCUCCCAGUUUUUUGGAAUGGCGUAUAGUAGUGUGUCUGUAACAGUGAAGAUGUAAACAUUUCCAUUCUACAAGCUGAAUUUUGUUCCCUGGAGAUGCUACCAAUCCAUGCCAGAGAGUGGAAUAGUUUUCUGAAAACAAAGAACAAAAAUACUAAUAUGUAGAAUUAGUUUUUAAAAAAAUAAUUGGCUGAGAUCAUCACAGUCUGCCUGUCCUCCCCAAUGCAAGGAGAACUCACCAUUCUCCUGCUGUCCACCUUCUUGGCUAUUUAGUGGCUGGGGAAAUGCAGGGGUCAGACACACAUCAUCAUGCUAUAUUCUUGUGGCUAGACAUGUGACAUUAUCCUCCAGGACCUCCAGAGGACCCCAAGAGAUCCUACAAGAUAAUACAGAUUUCAUGCAUUGCUCAAGAAAAGUAAUGAGCACCUCCCCCUGCAAAAACCUUUAAAAACAUGUCUUAAAAAGACAUAUAUAGACCUGGUAUAUACCACCCUGAAAGGGUGGGCUGGAGGCGUCCGGUUUUCUUUCAGAGGGAUGCUGCAGCAGCCAAACUGCGCAGCGUCUCUCCGCCCCAAAAAGAACCUGGGAAAACUGGGUUCUUCUACUAUAUGCUGCACAUCGCUUAUGUCACAAUGGUGGCCCCCAUAUGGACAGGAGACUGCCAUUACGCUGCCGCAGUGAUGUGCUAGGGAUAGGAACCCUGCAGUUGGUGCGCGGUCCCUAACCCUAGAACCACCACCUGGAUGCUGCUUCUUGGCAGUAUGUACUGGGCCAUAGUUAGAUUUACACUAGGAUAUGUCACCAACAGGAUGCCAGCCAAUUAUUACGGUGCUUGUUACUUUAAAAGUAAUUCUUUAGUAAUGCAUCACUAAUAUGUUAUUUUUCUUCUCAUUUAAUUUCUUUUAAAAAUAAUAUACUUUAAAAAUAGAAGAACUGACUGAAAUGGUCAAAACCUUUUCCUGCACAAGCCCUCAUUUUCUAGAAGUGACAAGUAAACGUUACUCAUUACAGUGAUUUUUUAAAAGUAACAGCACAAGUCCUUGUGUACCUUUGCACAAAUAACAUUGUUCUCCCCUCUUCCGCUCUCCAAAAGUAACAUGUUAUAUAUAACGUCCUUAUAUGUACCAUGUUACUAGCAAGCACUGGUCGUCUCUGGUAUCCAUAUAAUCUAUUUCUAUGAAAUGUACCAUUGGGUUCAUUACUGUGUAUGUUUACUUGUCCUUGCUAACAGCCUGUGAUCUAAGGGAAGGGUUAUAAAAUGCACAGCUUGAUGACAACACAUCACACAUUGUCCAAGAAGGGAAUGAUAUAGAGCAUUAUGAUACAGAAGCGGCAUCACUAGGGUUGGUGUCACAUGAUGUGGUAACUCAUGGUGUCACUUUCCUAUUGAGCUCUUCCCAUACUACACCAUACAGAAUCCUAAGUAAUGCUUUUUGUACCAAUGGUACUCAUAAAUCGCAAUUCCCAUGUGUCAUUGAAUGUAAUGGCAAUAGUUGUGACAUAAAAAAACUAGCAAACAUUUUAAGGUUACAAUUAGAUUAUAAAUUACAAUAUCAUACACAAAUCCUAAAUAUACUUACAUGUACAUUGUUUCAUGUGGUUAAAGUGAACAUUUGGUAAGAUGUGAUGUUUUUAAAGAAAAUUUUAAAUUUUAAAAUUUAAAUUUCUUUAAAACCUGGGACUACUCCUUUCUCUUUACACCGAGCCUUUUCCCACUCACACCAUCCUUUCAGCAUUUUAAAGGGACACAGGCGCACACAAGCCCAUUUCUGUCAAAAAUGCAGAUAUUUGGGGAGUAAUUGUAUAAAAACCCCGCUAGGGUGCCACAUGAUACUCCACCUAGGAUGCCCUUGCAAUACAAAUGCUGACACUGGUACAUCCUCUUAUUGGUCUAGCCUGUAGAAAGUGAUCUUGUUUAUAAACUGAAAGUCCAGCAUAUAUCUCUUAUAGCAUAUGAUUUUUCCAGUUUGGCUACAAGCACAGUAGUAAAGCAAUAUUUUUAAACAUGUUUUUUAAAACUUUAAAUAAUUGUUAUUUGUAAUCAGCUGUCUCAAAGCAUGUUUCAAUUAAACUGUAAAUUGUAUUGUG